ACAGUGGUGGCAACUCCGCUGGGGCUGGCCCUCGUGGAAAUCCAGGGCGAGCUCAGCAUCCCCAAAGAGACGCCGGCGGGACUCAGUAGCCCGGAGAGCCGGGAGGGCGGCGGGAGCGGGGACGCGGAAGACGUGGAGGUGGUGAAGUUCGGGCGACUCGAGCUGGACGAGGAGCUGCAGCGGGCGACGCUGUUCAUCAGCACGACGCAGCGGCUGAUCGGGACGGUCGAGAAGAUCGACCCGCCGCUCGGCGUGCUGAAGGUCGUGCACGCGGGCCAGGUCUGCGAGAUGAUCGACGUGGUCGGCACCAAGAUCAUCUUCAAGCACAGGCCGCUACCCAUCAUG